AUGCUUGCAACGAACAAACCGGUAGCUGAUGUCGACUCCGGCCGCAAACUUGGGAGACUUCCUUCGAGUAUUGAUGGCAGUGCAGGCUGUGCUCCUGACACUGACUUGGUGGAUCAGGAGGUGGUGCGAGUCGACCCGAGCUUCGCAACGGCCCGUUUGACUGCGCCGUUGCAUUUGCGCCUCGGCACCCAGGAUAAGUCCGACCGAUGUGCUGUGUUCGCCACCGCUCCUUUUUCGUCUGGUGCCCUAGAUCUCGGUUUGCGACCAUUCUUCGUUUGCCGGGUAACGGCGUACGACGCCAUCUUGGGGCUGCCAUUUCUUAAGGACACAGGCAUGCUCGUUGGUUGGGGCGCCUUCACCGUCGCGCGCACCGGCCCUUCGCAACCCGUCGCCCAGGAUACGCACGAAUGGGACCGAGCCGUCACCAUAGCACCUAUCUUAUCUGGUUCUGCCAUUGGCUGCAAUCACCCUGGGUUGCUCCCCGACGACGAGAUCAUCGGCCUCGAGCCACACAACCCGCUGCUUGAUGUCGUCGACGAUCCGGCGCUCGACGAUUUCUCUGAGUCCGAAGCACGAACACGAUUGGCUGCCUUACUCGAGAAAUUUUCUGAUGUGUUCGUAGAUUCGCUACCGAUGGACCUAUGA